AAUCAGAAUGUUUUAAAUAUACAACAAAUUUUCACAUAUAGAUAACAAAAAUAAAAAAAUGAAACUAACAACUCCCAUUAUUUCUUUGCAUCAUUUUUAUCUCUCUGAAAAAAAGAGCAUUCAAGCUUGAGCAACGUGAAAUAAAAAUGAAAGAGAAGGAUGAACUUUGUUUGGAAACAGGAAGAUACGCAAGCUAAUUAGAUGACAUUGAAUAACGGAACCUAAAGAUUUGAAGAAAUUGUAUUUUAAAGCCUGCGGCAACUGCUAUUUACUCUGGAUUAUAGUAACAACAAUUUUUUAAAGGUUUUAACUUCGAUCGUGAAACAUUGACGCUGUUACUCUCUUUAAAUAUUGAGUGUACCUUGAAAUAGCAAAAAAAAAAAAAGAUUUUAUAUAAAACAUAUAACUAUUCAAAAAAAAACUUUAGCAAUAAAAUGAUUCAAUUGAUUUUUUUGCUUACAAUUUCUGUGUUUAUUGUUCAUGCUCGUUUGGACAAGGAAACAAUAUUUCUACGAGAAGAAGCCCAUCUUAAAAACGCAAGUAACUUUAUAGAAAAAAGUACAGAAAGUUUACUUAAAAUCUUUGGGCUAAGUUCCAGCACAGUUGUAUUAGAAAACAAAGAACAACCGCAUAAAUUUAUGGAAUACAUUUACAAAACGUACACUUCCAUGUACGAGCGUGGAUUACCGUUGUUGGCAGACACAGUACGUGGUUGUACAGACCUCGGAGUAAAUUCGCGUCGUUUUGCUAAUUUUCCAUAUGUUGCUUAUAAAUUCGAUAUACCUAAAAUACAACCAACUGAAACUUUGAUUAAAGUUGAAUUAAAGAUUUUGGUCAGGUUCUCUGAUUUCGAAAUUGUUAACGUAAAUCGAAAUUUUUUAAAACUUUAUUUAUAUGGAGUUCUGAAGGGCAAUAAACAAAAAAGUCCGUUAUUGAUAGAGCUAGCCACUAAAGUUGUCCCAACUUCAUACGAUCGUGAUUCUGUUUGGAUUACAUUUGAAGUAACAUCUUUUUUACUCGCUCAAAUUACUCAAGAGGCACAAAAAAAGCACGUAAAGUUUACACUGAGAAUAAAGUCAAUGCACGGUGGUACGACAAUUCCUCCAACUAUGGUUGGAUUUCAUAAUGCAACACACCAGAAAAACGUAACAGAGAAAAGCAUUUUAGUUUAUUUCAGUUUAGAUAGCGUUAACCAAGACACAAGAACUUCUGUCAACUUAAGAACAAAACGCGGUCUUGCUGAUAUUACAGAAAAUGAACAAAAAAAAAAUAAAAAAAAUAAAAACCAUAAAACAUUGAACAAUGAUAACAAAAAAUGUCGAAGGAAAAGUAUGAAGGUAAACCUUUCAGAAUUAAAAUGGGACAAAUGGUUUAUGAAUCCAAUUAAAUUUAAUGCUUACUACUGUCAUGGGAGCUGCGCACAUCCGCUGACAGUUACUACUGAUAACCAUGCAACAAUUCAAAGCAUGAUGCAUAAAUUAAAUACAAAAAUUGUCGGGCCACCUUGCUGUGUUCCAACAGAGUAUGAAAAAUUGCUAGUUUUAUAUAUGCAAGAAAACAAUCCAACAAUUCGUUUGAUUAACGGACUCAUUGUUAAAGCAUGUGGAUGUAAAUAAUGUUGCUUAAAAUCUAGACGUUACGAUGACGUAACGAAGUUACAACAAAAUAACUGUCCGUUGAAAUGCUUUACCAAAAAUAAUAUCGAGGCUUAAUUGUACACAUUUCAGUGGCCUAACGCGAAAUACAUUUCAAAGCUCAAACUUUAAUUGUUUUCAAGAUUAGAAAAUGUGGAAGAUAUUUAACUUUUGAAAACUUAGAUAACUGAGCUUCAUUGAAAUUUUAAAUUUUGAUAAUCGAAAACUGUUAACAAUAGUAAAAAUUAAUUAAAACAAAGCCUGUAUAUUUAUAUUUAAUAUUUGAGUAACUUAUGACUUUUUUUGUUAAAGUUUUCUAUUUCAUUAUUUAUUUAAAUAGAAUUAAAAUUUUUAUUUAUUAGAAAAUUUUUUUUAAAACAAAGCUAUUUUUUGUUGAUCGUUACAAAGUAAAAUCUAUAUAUAUUAAAUGUUGUCCUUUAUCAUUUUUCUUUAUAUCGUUUUAAAAGUUUAUAAACAACAAAAUAACAAUAACUGUUAGCUAUUACAGUGUUCUCAAGUAUCCGUUUGUUUUUUUUUUAAAAAAAAGUUCUUUUGAAAAAUUUUUAUGAGUUAAGUAGCGUAAAUUUACUUUAUUUGGCGUAGCGGUUGUUGCCGUUGUCAACUCGUUAAUUUGUAUCAUUUGAGUUGUUAUUACUUAUGAUUUUUUAUUUGUUACCGGAUUUGUUUAUACAUUGAUUAUGCAGCGUGUAUUAUUGCUUUGUUCUUGAAUUUUAUUCAUUUGUGUUAUUUCACAUUAAUAUUGCAUAAGUUAUAUAGAAACGAUUAAAAUAUAAUUAAAUGUAUAAAAAA